AUGGCAGCUUCAAGUCCGCUGAAACUAGAACCCGUCACCCCCGAGGGUAGUUCUGCGCUCAUGGACCUUUGGUUCGCGGCAUUUUCAGACCCUCAUUCCCGACGCCUGUUUCCUAAUACCCCCGGUGUGCGGAAGUGGCUGGAAGAUGCGAUCCGCUAUGAUUUACUUCAGCGGCCGUUGCAGCGCUAUAUACAAAUGGUUGACCCCGGAUCCACAGACGCCAACGGCCAACCGCGCAUAGCCGCCUAUGCAAAAUUGGACUUGUCUACGCCCGAAGAACGUGGACUACGCUAUCCGCCGUGGCAUGAUGAUAUGCCCAAGGAGGAUUGCCAGGCUUUUGUGAGUAGAGGUGAGAGCAAUAGGAAGCGUGUUAUGGGUGACCAAAGACACAUCUUUUUGGAUCUGGUUGCUACACAUCCGGAUUAUCAACGUCGAGGGGCUGCUUCUAGGCUUGUUCAAUGGGGGUGUGAUCUGGCCGACGUCGAAGGAGCGGACAUGUAUGUGAGUGCCAGUAAGGAUGGCAUUCGCUUGUACGCAAAGUUUGGUCAUCCACGGGUCUGCCAAGGCCCGUCUCAAGAAAUCCAGUCAUGGACGCCAGCACUUGCCACAGCGCCGCGGCGGUUCGCCAGUCGACCGUCUUCUUCCAGCCUGCUCAGCUCGAGUCACCAAACAACCCACCAUGAUCUCACGGAGCGGUCUCCCUUAUCUCCCUGGCAUCAUGACGUUAAUCACUACUUUAUGGCUCCUUCUGCGUCGUCUGGUUCUUCUUCUGUUUCUUCGCUGGCGCAAUUGGAGUUUGAAUAUGCUGCUGUUUCUUCGGCUGGGUUUGAUGAUACCGUUUUACCAGAGUCGGAACCCUGGACGGAGUCGGAACUUGCUUCUUUUAAUGAUGGCGACUGGAACGUUUUUUCUUUCAACCCUCAUCCAACGCCUUAUCCGGUCGACUGGCCCGUGCUUAAUCCCGACGACGCCUUCAUGCCUGAUCUUCCGUCGGUCUCGGAUCCCGAGAGUCAGAGCUUGAUGUCGUCUUCCUACCAUCCCAGUUCGACGCACUCGCAAGAUACCAACUCGCACCCAUCUCCUGUUUCUCAACUUCCAACAUCAGCCACUCCCUCUUUGUCCAGCCCUGCCUCGCAGAGUGACGAGGCAUUGAACCGCGUGGAUUCUUCUCGUGUCGAGAAACGUCGGUUGAACACCCUCGCUGCCCGGCGAUGUCGGCAGAGGCGUGUUGACCGGAUGAAGACUCUUGAAGAUGAGUUGGCGAGCGUGCGACGGGAACGGGACGAGUUAAAGCUGCGGGUGUCGAAGCUGGAGGGUGAGACGGAUGCGCUGAGAGGGCUUCUUAGCUCUCAGAAGCGCUAG